ACUCACUGCCUUCAGAAAAAAUGGAGAUAGAGAAGAGAACUAAGGGUUGUGAGGAGGUGGACCAGAAAGAAGAGAAGAAGAAGAAGAAGCAUCAACAAGGAGGCAUAAGAACAUUACCUUUCAUCCUUGCAAAUGAAGUGUGUGACAGAUUUGCAAGUGCUGGUUUUCACGGUAACUUGAUAAGUUACUUGACCCAAGAACUGAACAUGCCAUUGGUGGCUGCCUCAAACACACUGACAAACUUUGGAGGAACAUCUAGCUUCACCCCUCUCAUUGGGGCUAUUAUAGCAGAUUCCUUUGCUGGUCGAUUUUGGACUAUUACCAUUGCUUCUCUCAUUUAUGAACUGGGAUUGAUCAGCAUCACAGUAUCAGCUAUUAUGCCAAAUUUGCGCCCCCCACCAUGCCCAACACAAGUAAACUGCCAAGAAGCCACAUCCUCACAACUGUGGGUACUCUACAUCUGCCUCCUCCUCACAUCCAUUGGAUCAGGUGGCAUUAGGCCCUGUGUUGUGCCCUUUUCAGCAGACCAAUUUGACAUGUCCAAAAGUGGUGUUGCAUCAAGGAAAUGGAACCUCUUUAAUUGGUACUUUUUCAGCAUGGGGUUGGCUUCUCUAAGUGCUUUGACCAUUGUGAUUUACAUUCAAGACAACAUGGGCUGGGGUUGGGGCCUUGGAAUUCCUACCAUUGCCAUGCUCAUAUCCAUCAUUGCCUUUGUGUUGGGCUCACCACUCUACAAGACAGUGAAGCCAGAAGGAAGCCCUUUGGUUCGUUUGGCCCAAGUAAUAGUAGCAGCUAUAAAGAAAAGGAAGGAGGCUUUACCGGAAGAUCCCAAGCUUUUGUACCAAAAUUGGGAACUUGAUGAUCCUAUUUCUUUGGAUGGCAGGCUUUUACACUCCAAACAAUAUAAAUGGUUGGACAAGGCUGCAAUUGUCACAGAAGAUGAGGCUAGAGAGCCAAGUGCAACACCAAACUUAUGGCAAUUAGCCACUGUCCACAGGGUUGAGGAAUUAAAAUCUAUCAUUAGAAUGCUUCCAAUUUGGGCAUCAGGAAUUCUGCUCGUAACAUCUUCAUCACAUCUUCACAGCUUUGUAAUUCUACAAGCUCGCACAAUGGACCGCCACCUCACUCACUCGUUCCAAAUGUCCCCAGCCAGCAUGUCCAUUUUCAGUGUUCUAACCAUGAUGUCAGGAGUUGUUCUAUAUGAGCGCCUUUUUGUUCCCUUUGCCCGAAGAUUCACAGGGAACCCUUCUGGAAUCACUAGCUUGCAAAGAAUGGGAAUAGGCUUUGUAAUCAACAUCAUAGCCACUGUGGUUGCAGGAUUUUUGGAAAUGAAAAGAAAAUCAGUAGCUGCCAAGUACCACCUUUUGGACGAUCCAAAAGCCACUAUUCCUAUGAGUGUGUUUUGGUUGGUACCUCAGUAUUGUCUUCAUGGGGUGGCUGAAAUCUUCAUGUCUGUUGGGCAUUUGGAAUUUCUCUUUGAGCAGUCACCUGAAAGCAUGAGAAGUAGUGCUACUGCUUUGUACUGCGUAACCUCAGCAAUUGGGAACUACACAGGCACAUUGUUGGUGUCAUUAGUGCAUAAGUACACUGGCAAGGAGAGGAAUUGGCUUCCUGAUAGGAACCUCAAUAGGGGUAGAUUGGACUACUAUUAUUUUCUUGCUAGUGGGAUUCAAGUUGUAAAUUUCGUUUAUUAUUUAAUAUGUGCUUGGUUUUACAAGUACAAGUCCUUGGAAGAAAUUAUUGAAAGGAAGAAGGAAGAAGAUUUGGAACAAGCCGAUGAACAUGUCUCAUCUGUCAAUUUAAAGGAUGGUAGGGAGGAAGAAAAGAGAGGAUUUACAAAUGGUGAAUAAAUUGAUGGGGUUGAUAUUAGUUUUGAGCAUUGUUAGGAAUGUUAUUUUCCUCGUUAAAUGGCAUAUGUAAACAUAGGGUAGAGCAUGCCUUUUGCUUUAUGACUAGUUGUACUUCUUUAACCAUCUAGCAUUAAGGUACUAUUUUAGUAAAAAAAUUUAAGAAAAUAUUUUAUAAUAUCUA